AUUCCACAAAAUUCUUAAAACAAUCAAAUCAAUGAAUCUCGUCGAUCCCGGCGCCGCCAAUUCCGCCGGCGCCGUUUUCAGGCGGUCUCCGUCGCUUCGGAGCUCCGGCAAACUGCCGCCACGUCGGAUGAGAUUGAAAAGGACAGCCAUUGCGUACUCCGGCAGCGUGUCGGCGGUUCAGUCGGAGCAGGAAGUGAAAGCCGCCGCCGGGGAGGAGCGGCGGCGGGGCUUCGACUUCAGCCAGUACGCGGCGGAGAAGGUGGAAUUAGUGAACGAGGCGCUCGACGGCGCCGUCGCAAUGAGGCGGCCGGCGGUGAUCCACGAGGCGAUGAGGUACUCGUUGCUCGCCGGCGGGAAGCGACUCCGGCCAAUGCUGUGCAUCGCCGCCUGCGAAUUCGUCGGCGGGGAGCAGUCCGCCGCUGUAGCCGCCGCGUGCGCCGCCGAGAUGGUGAACACGGCGACGGUGAUCCACGACGACCUGCCGUGGUUGGACAACGACGAUCUCCGGCGCGGCCAGCCGACCAGUCACAAGGUGUUCGGCUAUAAGGUAGCUGUGCUCGCAGCUGAUUUUUUAUCGGCCUUCGCAUUCGAGUUCUUAGUGACAGCCACAAAAAAUGCAUCUCCGGAGAGGAUCUUAGCAUGUGUUGUUGAAUUAGCAAAUGCUACGGAAGGCAUAGCGAUAGGGCAAGUGGUCGACAUGCACCUCACCGGAAACAAUGCUAACGUGACACUAGGCACAUUAGAAUUCAUACACAACCACAAGGCCGGUGUAUUAAUAGAGGCUUCGGUGGUGAUGGGGGCCAUUCUUGGCGGUGGAAGUCAUGAACAAGUGGAUAAACUACGGAUCUUUGCCCGAAAAAUUGGAUUGCUCUUUCAAGUAGUAGAUGACAUACUAGAUGUGACCAUGUCGUCGCAAGAGAUAGGAAAAACUGCGGGCAAGGACUUAGCCACUGACAAGGCGACAUAUCCAAAGCUUUUGGGGCUCAAGGGUGCCCGUGAAUUUGCAAAGAAAUUGCGGGAUGAGGCUAAGGAGCAAUUGGUGGAGUUCGAUUCGGAUAAGGCGACACCACUAGCCGCUCUAGCUGAGUUCAUCGCUUAUAGGAAAAAGUGAAGAAUGAAGAGUCGUGUUUAAUGUUGUUUUGAAUUUGUAUUUAUACUUUGUUCUUAUAUGUGUAUCUGUAUGGUAUUUUGUCUUCUUCGAUAUGUGUUGGUGCAGGAGAUCUCAUCCCGUAUUUUUUUACAAUAGU